UCGAGCAGAUCUUUGGCCCGGCCCGAGCCUGGGCUGCUUUCGGGCCGGACUCGGGCAGACCUUUGGCCCGACCCCCAAAGUUCGGCCCGGGUCCCCACGCUAUCCAUAUGUUAUAACUUAUAAGCGGUAAAGCCUGAGAUAGUCAGACCACCAAGGCAACUCGACCCAUCUCGUCUCCCUUUCUUCCACCACCUAGGACUCCCUCAAAACCCUAGAUGACCCCGAUCCCCAGCUCGCCGCCGCCUCUGCCUCACCCACCGCCGUCAUCAACGCCUGGGACCUCAUGGACGGCCUCGACAACCUCUCCUCCCCCACCUCCGCCUCCAAGAAGCCCUACCUCCUCCCCCGAUCCCUCAUGUACCACCACCACCAUCGCCCGAUCAAAGCCAAGGAUGAGCAUCCUGCCGUUAAACCCCUCUGGGUGCACCUCGCCGAUGAGCCCAAGCGCCACAAGGUCGUCCUGCUCUCGACGUCCCUCCACGGCAUCCGUCAGACCCACGAGGACUGCUGCACCGUUCGUGCCAUCCUCCGCGGCUUCUGCAUCGCCGUCGACGAGCGGGACGUGUCCAUGGAUGCCGAGAGUAGGGGGGUUGGGGGAGGGGGACCAAGACGGCGGAGCUGCGGACGGGCGGAGGAGAUGCAGACAGCGCCGAGCACGGGGGUUGGGCAUGGAGAGGGCACUGACAGAGGGAGGCGGAGGAGCUGUGGGAGGAAAAGGCAAGGGAGGGGUAGAUUCAGAAUCGUCGGCAGAGAGAGGAGAGAGAGGGGCAGGAGGGGCAGACUCAGAAUCGAGGUCUUCCAUGGUUUCUCUUCUCUCUUUCGCCGCCGCCGCCACGACCAUGAACGAGAGAGGGGAGCAAGGGUUUCCUUCCCUUCUUUUUAUUUUUUUCCCUCUCUUCUCUUGGCUUUCCCCUUUAAGCUUAAGGACUAGAUUGGCUGAAGAGGCUGAAGCGCUUGGACGCGGGCCGGCCCAAUUUGGCUCG